GCUUAUUAUAUUUAUGCGAAUGUGAAAUCGGAAAAUUUAAACACUGGAUGAGAAUAUAGCUAGCAAUUAUUAAGUUAUGGAUUACAUCGGAAGUCGUCAUUGAUGCUGUAAUUUCGGUGUUGAUAGUGAUGAGAUGACAAGGAUAUUUCUUCAAUAACUAGAACUGCUGAAGGAUGUUUUCGUCAUUUAGAGGAUGCGUGAUAAAAAGGUUUGGUUUAUGGAUGAUCGACAUCUAAAGAGCUUUUGGAACUAUCAUGAAGCAGCGCUGCGAUGGUUUAAAGCACAUCAAGCAGCUCGUGAAUACGCAAUCAACGAUUCAUCUGAUACGAUUUCUAAUCCUGUCGAUAUGAAAUCUAAUAUCAGUAAGAGACAUGUUAAAAGCAAUCACUUGCCAUGUACAGCACGAACUAGCAGUAAUGAUUCUUUACCGGAUGUUAGACAGAAGUUAUCUUCAAAGGAUAUAGAUGAAGACAUUGAUAUGAGUAGCGAAAUGAUUGCUUUUUUCCGACAAACAAUCGAGCAUAGGAAACAAAAUGCUGAUCGAAGUAAAGAAGCCAAGAAAUAUAACGACGACAACUGCUUCAGGGAGGAUCAAUAUGUGAUGGCUGACAAGAGUAACUUGAAGGAUCAUGUUGAAAUGAUGCGAUUUUUAUUCUUCAACCAUGCUAUUGCAGUUGGAGUUUACGGCAGCGAAAAGCGAUCGUUUCAAUUACCCAAUGGCCCUGCUGAACGACGGAAGAAGUUCGAUAAAAUGAAAGAAUUAUACGGCACUGAUGCGGAGAAAAUCUUGGCAAUGGAAGCGCACUUGGAUCUUCGGUUCGAACAGAAUUAUUCUCAACCCGGUGCACACUUAUGGCCCAAUAUACCAUUAAAAUUAUAG